GGAUCAAUUUUCACCGCGUUUGCACGCAAAGAUAAAGAACCCGUCAAUUACUCACACCGCAGCCAUACGAACCCACAAGUUCGGUAUGUAUACCUUCUCACUGCUGGUCGCCCAUCAAUUCAACUCCCCUCACGUUUUACCUUAUCACGGGACAUCAAGACUUCGUUUGAAAAAUGUAGCGACCGAAUUGGAAGACUACUUCGAGAGUAUCCUGGUCGCCUUCACUUUGCCACUGAUACGUGGACUUCACCCAAUCAUAGAGCAUUCGUGGCAUGGACAGUGCACCUGGAAUUCAAUGGCGAGAUGUUCUGUUUCCUCCUGGAUAUCGCGGAGCUUGCAGAGGUUUGUGAUAUUCACCUCGCAGUACCUUCAAUGAGAGUGUUCUGA